UGACGAUUUGCCUGCGUCACUUCCUGUUCCGCCUCCAUCUUGCUCAGAUCGGCGUCAUUUUGACCGACUCUUGCGCAUGGUUUUCGGCCAAAUCUCGACGGGCAGGAACACAUCAAAGCGCCGACGGGCAAGGUGGUGGGCCGGCCACCGGCCCCUGGCUGUAGGAUGAACACGAGUGGUGGGGAGCUGACGCCAUCCCUGAGCGUAGCUGUGGUGAGCCACUCGAUGAUGUCGGCCGACGACCUGAGUGAUCCGCCUUCGAGUCCCGACAGCCCCUUUGACGACUCGGACCUGCUGUCCUCGUCCACGGUAGCCGACGAUGUUACCACGCAGCUUGCAGCAGCAGGUCCUAUUGGGGUAGCUGCAGCUGCAGCCAUAGCCACAGGAAAGAAACGCAAGCGGCCGCACACCUUUGAAACAAACCCUUCCAUUCGCAAGCGCCAGCAGACCCGCCUUCUCAGGAAGCUGAAGGCAACCAUUGAUGAGUACACGACACGUGUUGGACAACAAGCUGUGGUUUUGGCAGUUACACCUGGCAAGCCCCAGAACCAUUUUAAGGUGUUUGGAGCACAUCCUCUGGAGACGGUGGUGCGUGCCUGUCGGGGUGUGCUGGUUGGUGAGCUGGAGGCUGCCCUAGCCCAACAGGCCCCACCACAAGCCCAGGACGACCCAACUCUGCACGAGCUGCCACCCCUGGUCGUCGAUGGCAUCCCCACGCCGGUUGAGAAGAUGACCCAGGCACAGCUGCGAGCCUUCAUCCCGCUGAUGCUGAAGUACUCGACUGGGCGGGGCAAGCCAGGCUGGGGCAAGGAGUCGACCCGGCCCCUCUGGUGGCCCAGUGACCUUCCCUGGGCCAAUGUCCGCAGCGAUGCACGCUCCGAGGAGGACAAACAGAAGCAGGUGUCGUGGACGCACGCCCUGCGCCAGAUAGUGAUCAACUGCUACCGCUUCCAUGGCCGAGAGGAUCUGCUGCCAGCCUUCGAAGAGGAUGACAAGGACAAAAGCAGCAAGAGCCCCACACCGCAACUUAGCCAGCAGCCAGUCACCGAGGCCCUGUCGGCUACUGCACCUACCGUUCGCAUUGAAAAGGCGCUGUACACCAGCCCGCUUGCCCACUACACACCCACAAUGGUGCAGACUAUCAACAACCCUGACGGCACAGUCUCCAUCAUCCACGUGGACCCAGGAAGUGCCCUGCUCACGCUACCAGACGGCACGCAGGCACAAGUCCGCACUGUCAGCACGAUGGGUGAUGCCGAGGGUGGCCAGGCAGUGACACCGAUCAGUGCAGUGAACAUGGAGCUGAACAGUGAGGCUGCUGCACAAGCAGUGGCCACCCUGGCCGAGGCGACCAUCAACCACGACGGCCAGAUUAUCCUCACGGGCGAGGAUGGCACCCAGAGUGCGUUCCCGGUGUCUGGUAUGGUUACCAUACCUGUGUCCAUGUAUCACGGCAUGCAAGUCACCAUGGCGCCCGUCGUGUCAGCUGAGGCUGCCGGUGCCGAAGGAACGGCCGACACAGUGGAGGUUCUAGCUGUCCCAGUGAGCACAACACAAGUGGACUGACUCUGUGGUGUGCCAUGUGUUGCCAAAGCACGGAAACUGUCACUGGCGAAUCGAAGUGACAGGGUGGCAUUUCUUUGUGGUCAUACUGUGCUACUUGUGAGGUGCUGGCCAUCUUUUGCAGUAUACAUGCAUGUUGUAACAUAAUGUCCUCAUUACUUGCUUGGUGUGUUUUUAUGGCCUGGCCUUCGUCCCUGGAUGAUUGAGACAAUUGCUCAACAACCUCACAGGGUCGCCAUCCUCGCUAUGAGGGAGGGUGUGCGUCAUCUCUAGUCUGCCAAAGACUCUCUGUGUGUGACAGUGUAUUUAUUGAUAAGCGUGUGUAUGAACUUGCCAUGAAAAUGUGCUUCACGUGUUGUUUGUGCACCCUGUACAGACCUAGGAUUUCAUUUGCUUUGUGAUAUUACGCAAUACCGAGAAACUCAUUUUUCUAAGUGUACGGCCCUCCAUAACACAAUUGUUGUUGAUGAUUUGUAAAACAUGUAUUGUUUUCAUUUGGAACUGGAGCAAUGAUUUGUCACUGUUGUUCUCUCCUUAGCAUCAUUCAAAGGCCAUGCUUAGUGCCCAAAUUUCGGCUUUUGUGUCUGCUUGUUAAUAUUAAGCUUCUGUGAAAUAAAGCCCGAUCAUGAACAGCAUACGUGGCUUUUUGUUAGAGAGCUAUGACUAAGGUUUAACACUUAAUUGCCUGUUUUUGUUAUCUUGCUCAAGCAUCAUUGGUCUGAUAGUUGGAAUAUCUAGCAAUAAAAGAGGUCGCAGUUGCUUGCA